GUAAAUACUACUACACAUUUUACCCAAAAAAUAUAAAAUAAAAAAUACUACUACACAUAAAAGGAAAAAGACAAAUUGACAGUGGUGACUGGUAAAGGAUCACAUACAUUGGCAUUUGGAGUUGCCGGAAUGGAGCGAGCUGGGUUGAAAACUCUUCAGUCCGUAGCUUCACCCCUCCAUUUCCGUGCAAGGUCUUCAUUGUUCCCUCCAUUUUUGUUACCCAAAGUGGUGGUGCACAAUCUCCAUCCCCCUCACUUAUAUUCCUCUUCACGUUUAUCUACACUCCACUCCCUAUGUAUAAGAAGUGAUGCUAAACCUUUGCCAAAUGGAGCUGAGUGUGGGGAUGCAGCAGCUCAACAUAAACUCCUACAAGUGGUUUUAGUUUCUCCUCAGAUACCUGGAAACACUGGAAGCAUAGCAAGAACUUGCGCAGCAUCAGCUGUUGGACUGCACCUAGUUGAGCCAUUAGGAUUUCCAAUUGAUAAUACAAAGUUGAAGCGCGCUGGACUUGAUUAUUGGCCAUAUGUUGUCGUCAAAGUGCAUCAGUCCUGGGAUGAAUUCCGCGAGUAUUUCAGGGGACAGGCUGGGGAAAAGAGGCUGUUGGCAUUUACAAAGAGAGGAACAACUACACAUUCAGUAGACCUAAAAUUAUUUGAAGGAAGUUGUCUCGAAGGACCUACAAUUUCUUGGAAUCUGCAGACUUAGUGAAUGAUAGGGCACAGCGGAAGAAAAUGAUCUAUUCAGGAGAUAUCUAGUAGCUGGAGAAUAUGUUUAGUCAUGUUAGUACCUUUAAGUCCUAGGCUUCAAGGAGUUGAGCUUUUUCAGAAAUGUAUACAUUAGUAGAAGAUAUAAAGAACUUCUAGUGCUUUUUGUUUUAUUUUUAUUUUUAUUUUAUACAAUACAAGUCUAAGAUUAAUUUAAAUAGAGUAAUAUGGUAAGUGAGGAUUCAUUUCGCCGUUCCCACCUGACGCAUAGUAGUAGUUGUUGUAAAAUCUGUAAUGUUACGCUAAAUGCUUAUGCUACAGAUUUGCUCUAGUUUAUCUGAGAUGGGCCAAUAACGUACUCGCAGUGGCAGAGCCACAUGUAAUUGAGGGGUGUCAACCCCUUCUUCAGAAAAUUACACUAUGUAGUUAGGUAAAAAUAUUUCUUUUUCCGUAUAUAUAUUACAUAUUGACACCCCUUAUUUUGUUCGCGAAUUUACUUCUUUAUCUUUUGACAAUCCUUAGUGAAAAUUCUGGCUCCGCCACUGAGUACUUGGAGGCAAGACUUAUUUAAACUAAAUUAUUUUUAGGUCACCUCUUGUUGGUCUUCAUUCUUCAAUACUUUCCGUCUUUUUCACGUUCUAAAAGUUCAAAUGAUUUUGAGCAUCUCAAUUCAGUUGCUUUCAGCUUUUCCUUUUCCGUAGUUUUAUAGAUUAAUUCUUCAUUGGUGACUCCAACAUGUUUGGAAUUGAUUAGUGGUUGAUUGAUUGGUGAGCGUUUUACCAGGAACUACUUUAGCUGUUGCUGAUCUUUCCAUACAAAAGAUUAUAGUAUUUUCUUUUUCUUUGUGUUUGGCUUCUGACGUUGGAGAAGUAGGAGGUGGAAGUCACCAAUGAAAUUCUAAUAGAACAAGGAAUAGGUAGGCAACAAAACUUGUUUCAAUUAGAUGGACGGAAAGGCCCCAAAAA